AUGGAAAAGAAGUUGUCACCAGAGAUUCAGUCUAUUAUCGACAAAAACAGAAAAAUCAAUGCGAAUAAUCACCACUGCCUUGUCCGGCGAUUACGAAAUCGUUCAAUCGGUAGAAAAAUUCCAACCGCAAAUUUCGCGCAGAAUAUUCCGAUAAAUGGAAGUCUCACAAAAAUCAUCGUGCCUCAGAACUGCUCGCCAAAACGCUUCAGUCCCUGCGGAAAAUAUAUGAUUGCUUUGGGGGACCAUUCGGUGGAACUGUUCAGAUUCAAGGGAAGCGACAGUGUGGUCAAAACGAGGCAGAAAUUUCGGGAUGAAAAGGAGAAGUUUGAAGGGCAGCCGCCGAUUCAUGAUAGAACCAGAAACAUUCGACUGGAACACACUUUUUCGAAGCUCCGAUCCGAGUCCUUCUCCAAAGCCUUCCAACACGUCCACACUUACAAUCUCCUUCGCGAUGGGAACAAGCGAAUCUACCGCGAAUUCUCCCUCUUCGUCGGUCGAUUUCUCCUCGUCGCCAGUUUCGAGCAACACGAUAUGACAGAAGGAAUGGAUCUCCGAGACUUUCAAUACUCGAACGAGACGAUUGGAUCGCCUCACGACGCUAGAAGUAUCAAACACGAGCACUAUACUUUUCACCUGUUAGAUUAUCAGGAUAAAUUGAGGGUGGUGUCUGACUACUUCGAAAUGCGCCACGAAUUCGUCGUUCUUUACAACAAUCAAGGAGUCACUGUCCACAACGACAAUCUCGCGAUUCUCGGCCUUCAUCAACAACAAAUUUACCUCUUUAAAAUCACUCCGGAUGGCCGAGUCGUCAAGAACGGACAAAUUGGAGCAGUCAUCUAUCCAGGAGACUUUGAACUGCUCAGAAUGCAUCCAGAAUAUAGAAGAGACUUCAGGGAGACGCUCGGGAAAUCACCGGUUUUGACAAGCUUCAAACAAAAACUCUUGACGUUUCUCUUCAAAAAUCUGCCUCACGAAAAGUUCUGGUCUCAAUUUUCCUUCUUACGCCACUUGAAGAUCUGGCGAAUCCAUCUCGUCGACGAUGAUACGUUUCUGAUCAAACUCGCUGCGGAAAAGACGAUUUUGGAAGCCGUCAGUCCAGUAAGCAAUCCUCAAUUGAGAAGUCAGCUUCCGUCUCGUGUCGCGCUUUUUGUUAUGUUUGAGAUAAGCUCUGGCGAGAUUCUUGGAAUUACAGAAAACAUAUCCGAAAGCUUCUACAAAGUGAUGAUUGAUUUCCAACACACGAUGGAAUUCCAAAGCCAACCAUCAAAAUACAAGUUGCUUCGAACCUGCACGAUUCAUUCAAAAUCCGCCCGUGAAAAGUACAAAGCUCAAUUGGAGAAGGCCAAGUACGGUAGUCGGGCAGAAGCGAUCAAGCACAUUCUAUGGCAGUGUCCUCCACCGCCGCAGGUUCACACGCCCAGUCCGUAUAUGCGCGUCGAUUUGUUCUCUUUCGAUGAUACUUUCAUUUCCUCCUUUUAUAAGCCAAGAAAGCUGCCGGAAUCGCCGAUCAGAUUCUUUUGCAGAUGCUGCAAUAGUCAAGUUUUCGCCCUCGGAGGCGACAUUGACCCGAUCUUCUUCUCUUCACAUCAUAAAAACUCGCAAGUUGUCUACAUUUUCCACCCGCAUCAACCCUUCGUCAUCAGCGUACUUCGCGAACAAAACAGUUCAGAAAUUUAUAAUUUCCAUUUCUACGAUCCUGCCAUUCCCAAUUCAAAUUGA